UACCCCCACCCCAAACCCACUUUACAACCCAGAAGCCGGGCCAAGUGCUGGCAAUGCGUUUGCGCUCUAGUUAAAGGCUUUGUCACGUUCCCACUGCAUUGUCAGCAAGCGGGCGAUCACGCCCCUUUAACUCCGCUUUGGUGACGCGUGGACGACUGGGUGGGUGACCGUGUAUUUUUUGGAACGAACUUGCUCCUAUACCCGCUAACGAGCCACCUAUAAAACUAAAAAUAAGCAAGCACACAUAUAUAUUUAAAAAACACACACACACAAAACAAUGCUCGCACUAGGACGAGCACACAGAUAGAAAAGUGCAAUCACUACAACGGCGGAGCCCAGGCCAGGUUGGUGGCUUCCGCCUCACGGGUUGCUGGAGUGCCCCAAGCCCUCUCCGCACCCGCCCGCCAUCCCUCACCUCCUCCUGGAGCCAACGCUGCCCUCGGCCUUGGGAGAACUGUCUGGGGAGCCCGAAUACCUUGUGGACCCACUGGGGUUUAAGGGCUCACAGAGCUGGCGCAGUUGAAAUGGCCCUGGUGCCGUAUGAGGAGACGGCGGGAAUGGGGCUGCAGAAAUUCCACAAGCCUCUGGCCACCUUCUCCUUUGCAAACCACACGAUCCAGAUCCGGCAGGACUGGAGGCAGCUGGGAGUCGCUGCGGUGGUUUGGGACGCGGCUGUCGUUCUUUCCACGUACCUGGAGACGGGAGCUGUGGAGCUCAGGGGCCGCUCUGCCGUGGAGCUGGGUGCCGGCACGGGGCUGGUGGGCAUAGUGGCUGCCCUGCUGGGUGCUCAUGUGACUAUCACGGAUCGAAAAGUAGCAUUAGAAUUUCUUAAAUCAAACGUUCAAGCCAACUUACCUGUCCAUAUCCAACCCAGAGCUGUUGUUAAGGAGCUGACUUGGGGACAGAAUUUGGGGACUUUUUCACCUGGAGAAUUUGACCUGAUACUUGGAGCCGAUAUCAUAUAUUUAGAAGAAACAUUCACAGACCUUCUUCGGACUUUGGAACAUCUGUGUAGCGACCACUCCGUGAUUCUUUUAGCUUGCCGAAUUCGUUAUGAACGGGAUAACAACUUCUUACUGAUGCUGGAGAGGCAAUUUACAGUGAGUCAAGUUCACUAUGAUCCCGAAAAAGAUGUCCAUAUUUACAAAGCACAGAAGAGAAACCAGAGGGAGGGCUUAUAGUUGGCUAUAAUUUAUAGGAAUCUUGUCAUUAAACAUGUCCGUUAAGGCCUUCUCCUGGGAAUCAAACCAUACUGAAUGAACUGGCGUACUGAAUGGGAAGUCUACCUAAAGCUGCUCACGUGACAAAGCAAAUGUGCAGUUUUAAAAACAAAGCAGCAACAGACUCUGCCCCGUUGCUGUGGCUUGUCAUGUGUUACUCACUCAGAAACGCAGUCAGCGUGAAAGGGGAGCGCGCAGCUCUGGUCUGCGCUGGGUCUGCAGUCCGUGCAGCUCCCUCUCUGCACGCGGUUGUCUUGGACGAAAUGGUGCAGGGCUGGUGGUGAGGUGUCUUCAGAGCAGUGACAGAGACCGAAUCACGCAAAUCAUUUUAAAUACGUUCUGAGAUACAUGUGUAGCCGGUUUCCCUCACUUUCUGAAUAUAAAACAGGUAGUUUAACAUACAUUCCCUGAGCUGUUAAUUCUCUUGAAAUCUUUUUUCUGCCCAUUUAGGACUUAAGUACUUCUGGUUGUUUGAGAUCGGGGUGUGAGUUUUCUAAGGUCUCAUAUUGUGCAUUUUGGUUUCAUUUCAGUUUUAGGUAUGUAAACAAAGGAAUAAGUAAAAAUAAAGUUUUAGUUACUUUUGAAAGCGUCUGAAAUCUUAGACCUCCAUGUGCUGUGACUAGGUUCUCAUCUUCACAUCAAAAGCUGUAGUUUUCCCCUUCGCUUUCCCCUUUCUCAAACGUUUUUGUGUUUCUUUCUUAGGCUUUUCCAGCCUCCUUGCAGUGCACAGGAGGACAAUAAAAUAAGUACCACCCCUCCACGAGAGGUUAGCUCCCCAAGUACAAGUGCCUUCUGUGUUGUACUUGUAGUUGCUUACUCAGUGUGUGGAUUCCCCAGAAGACAAAGCUUCCUGAGGACCAGGAAUGCCCCUGCCUCUUUCCCGGUCGCCUCCUCAGUAUCUAGUGCAUCAAACCAAACAUUUGUUGAGUGACAAAGAUACAUUCUAUUUAGAGGAUAUUGAUCUUUGGGCUAAAUGAUUCCUACAUUCAUUCAUGAUUGCCUCUGACAGAGUUUAUGAAGUCACACACAUCAAUGUAAUCCCCCCCUUUUUACAAUGUACAACUUAAACAACAGCUUAAACAAAUUUAGACAAGAAUAUUAUAAUUUGAGUAUGGUAUUUGAUAUGAGAUAGAUUUCCUUUGCAAAACAUCAGAAAUAAGACCUCCUUUUCCUCUUAACCUUUGAAUGAAUAUCUUGGAUGUGAAAAUACCUGCUACAUUAUUUUCUGCAAUUUUAAUAGAGGUGAAUUGAAAGUCCUGAGCAUUCUGUGAGGUGCCAGUUUAACGCAGUUCUGAUCAAUGCACCUGUACAAACACCCACAGCGUACCCAGUCCACACUGCCAGUACUGCACAGGAAGGGCUUUUAAAACAACCACACGCCCUACAACGUCAUCAACACCAGUGAAAGCCCAAUCACAUUUGGGUACCAGAAAUCAUAUUAAUCAGAGGUGGUGCAGACAUUUUAACUGGGACUGCUUUCUAGAUCCACGUCUCCAAGGGAGUAAAGUAGUAGAACUCGGAAACUGGAAAGAGGAAAAAAUUGUUCUGAGACUCAGGCAGGAAAUCCCCGGUGAAUUCAGAAUGCGGCUGGGCCAUAUUAAGGCAAGGGGCGGGGCUUUACAUCCUUGUGCAGCUUAGACAUUGGAUCCAAGGGGCGUAGCUUUGAGCUGAAGAGGGUACCUGGAGAGGGACUCAGCCAUCAGCCACCACUCCUGGAAGCUGGGGAAAUGAGUGCUGCAGAAGGCUGGUGUGUGGGAAGGCUGGGCUUGGAGGAAUAAGCCUCUGGACUAUGCCAGUGUCCACCAUAAGUAUCAAUCAACACCGUUGUGACUUUUUUCACUUCAAGGGAUUAACGUAUCCCAUAAAAUGUGCAUUUUAGGUGUGCUUGUUGUAUCCUCAAAUUCAGGACAGAAACCGAGUGCACACUGACUGUUCCGCCAUCCAGUGGCGUCAGGAACCCUUUUCCCAGCGGAAGUUAGACGGGGCUGCCAGGGCGCUGGGCGCCAGGGCAUGGACGACGUCAGGUCUGAGAACCGCCGCGCCAGCGCACGCCGCUCUCGUUUUCUGACAUGAUUACCUCCUAGGGCCUCUUGCUUUAGUUCAUGAAGGAACUACCCAAAGCCCCGGUAGCAUCUUCAUAUAGCUUCUAGCGGAACACUUCUUCUGUUGUUCAAAAGGAUCAGAAUUCUAAUAGAUGAGAAUAUUUUAUCCAAAUUAACUGAAUACUCAGUUGGAAACUCAGGGCAGAAUAGCAACAGAGUCUGGAAUGUUUUGUCUUACCAAAUACAAUUUAUGCUCCUUGAAGACACGAACUGUACCUCAUAUUUUAUAUUUCAAAUAUUAACACGGUGCCCUCUUCAUAAAGGGAGUUCAAGAAACAUUUACUCAUGAAAAAUACGGAUUCCUCUACAGAUGAAUUAUCCUAUUAAAUUGCCUAAUUUCUUUGCCUUAUUUUCCUUUGACCAAGGUAAGGAAUAAGUACAUUAUCAGGGUUAUCAAACUAUCAGGCUUUCAGUUUAUGGUGUUUGAAAGGUAGAAGUGUUUCCUGUCAAUUUUUAAACCAAGAAAAUAGAAGUUUGGAAGUACAUUUAUUUAUUAUCCUCACCUUAGGACAUAUUUUUCCAUUGCUUUUAGAGGAAGAGAGACAGAGACAUCAGUGUGAGAGAGAAAUGUGGGUUGGUUGACUUCUUACACACUUCCUGAUCGGGGACCAAACCUGCAACCUGGCUAUGUGCCCUGACUGGCAAUCAAACCCGCGACCUUUCUGGUAUAUGGGACAACAUUCCUAACCAACUGAGCCACACUGGCCAGGGCUUGCAAUACUUUAAAAAUCACUUUUUAAAAACACCCUCACCCCAGGAUAUAUUUAUUGAUUUUAGAGAGGGAAAGAGAGAAACAUCCAUUAGCUGCCUCCUGUACCUGCCCCAACAGGGGACCAAACCCACAACCUAGGUGUGUGUGCCCUGACCAGGGAUGGGACUGGCAACUUUUCUGGUGCGUGGACAGCACUCCAAUCAGCCAAGCCAGCUGGCCAGGGCGAAAACCACUUUUUAACGUUCCAGUAUUGGUAACAGGUCCUAGAAUAAAGUCUGGCAUAACUCUGUGAAACAGACAUGUGAUUUACUUUAGUGCCAGAGAAGCAGUCAUGGUUCUGCUCCCGGAACCUCUAUCCAGACAGAAGUAGCACGUCAUAAAGUUCUUCAACAAGAAGGAGGCAAGACAUGGCUGUGAGUAGAGAGUCCUGCUCUGGGAAAUUGGAGGCUUGGGUCCCCCGAGCACUGACAGAAAUUGCAUGAAAUCAGGGUGGUCCUCAGUUCUUUUUUUAAAUGGCACUUUAAAAGAUAAGGAUUUGUUAACUCCAAAGUUUCUUUCCACUGUUAAGUUUUGUUAUGCUUUUGUUUCUCAACACCUGGGAAAGGUUAAAAUGUAACACUAGAACAGAGGGAGUACUGAACACCUGUUUCCUUGGUGAGAAGGGCAGUUUCAGAGGGAGACUAAAGGGAAAACAGUAACGGAGAUGGAAACAGGAAGGUCCACCUACGUCAUUACCUCGUGAAGCCUGGCUCUGCUACUUCUGGUCUUAAUUCCUCAAAAAACAAACAAAACACACACUGUGAAGUUUGACAUAAAGGAAAACUAACCAACAUAUUUUUAUUAAUUUAGCAGGUUUUUAAUAUUUAAGAAACAACCUCCAAAUACGAAGAAAACCAUACUUAAUUUCCACUUCUCAGUAUCUAGAUUUACUAGCUUGCAUGUGUCUCUGCUGAAAUGUGUACCUGUAACAGUCAACAGUUUUAAGCAACCCACAUGUCCAAAAAAGGUUACUGGUUAUUUUAUAUAAUGGUAUAUUACAUACCUGUUAAUAGAUAUAUGUACAUAUGUAUGUUGAAAUGGAACUAUCGCCAAGGCACAUUCAGUGAGAAAAGCGCCAUUUACGUAAAAAAGGGGGACAGGAGGGGGAUCUCCAUUACAUUUGCGUAUACACGGGGGUGGGGGCAAAAGUAGGUUGAUAGUUGUGAAUACAUCAGUUUGCUCUUAUAUUGUUACUUAUUACUGUAUUACUUCCCAUAUCAACAACUGUGAACCUGCUUUUGCCCCACCCUGCGUGUAGAUUUGCACUAGAAGGAUACCAACAUUUUAGUGUUCGUCCAUCUAAUUUUUUCCAAAUGUACGUAUCACUUUAAAAACUGAGUUCAAAUGAAGAAAUUAUCACAAAAGUGGAAAGAAAACUUGGAGAACUGGAGGAAAUAUUUGCAAACCAUUUUUAUCUGGGAAGGGUCUAAUAUCUAGAAUAUGUAUGGAACUCAAGAAGCUGAACAAAAAAUUAUUAAAAAUUAGCGAAGGACUUGAGCACUCACUUCUCCAAAUGAUAUGUGAAUGACCAACAAAAACAUGAAGACACUGAAGUCGGCAGUUAAAGAAAUUGCAAAUCAAAACCACAGUGAUUCUUCACACAUGAGCAUGGUUACAAUUUUAAGAAAGCAAAAUAACGAGUGUUACGCCAGCAUGCGGAGAAACUGGAAACCUCAUACUUCACCAGUGGGAAUGUAAAAUGGUACAGCCAGAGGAAGUUUGGCAGUUCCUCAGAAAGUUAACAGAAGUACCGUGUGACCCAGCAGUUCUACUGAUGGGUGCACAAGUGUAUGCAGGCCCAGCAGAAUGGGACUCAAACAUCUGCACGUCAGUGUUCCCAGCAGCACUACCGACAAUAGGCAAAAGGUGGAAAUAACCCAAAUGUCCCAUCAAGUGAAUACACUUAUAAUAUGUAUAUAAUGGAAUAUUCAGCCACAAACAGGAAUCACGUACUGAUGAAUGUGGAAGAACCUCAAAAACUUGCUAAGUGAAAGAAGCCAGACACGAAAGGAGUCCGUUUAUAUUAUCCAGAAGAGGUAAAUUCUGUACAAACAGAAAGACUGCUGGUUGCCAGAGGCUGGAAAACGGAGAAAUGAAGAAGGGGUACAGGGUUUUUAGAGCAAUAAAAAUGUUUUAGAACUAGAUACAGGUGGCCGUAGUGUCUUGUGAAUGCACUAAAUGUCAGUGGAUUGUUCACUUAAAAUAGGUUUUGUUAUGUGAACUGCACCUCAAUAAAAAACGAAAAUAGCAUUGAAACUCCUGAAAAUUUACCUUCCUCUUCACUCGUUAGGCCAUUAGAAUUCCAAGUCCCAGUUCAGUCCAUGUGCUUAAAGUGCACGAGAUGAAGGCUAACACUGAUCAAUGCAGUGCUUUUCUGGGCUUUGGCUUAAGCUGUAGCAAAUAGUGGCAUCACCUAGAGAAAAAAAAAAAAAGCCGAAGAACAGAUGUAGAGAAGAAAUUAAGUUUUGUUUUGGACCUGUGCUUUACAGAGUGCAGAUGACAAAUGAGUCUGAAGUUCAGGACUAAAACUGUAACUGAACAAGUGACAGCAAAGACAUGCCCAAAGAGAAGAUAGGUACCCUGUGCUUUUAUUGGAGAUCCAUCCAUGCACCUAAAUGUGGCUGACGAGCGGGGCAACCUGGUUUAUGCCUGCUGUCCUAUUAACAUUAUACUUUCACCUUCAAAAAUGCCUAUUUCUACAAUAAAUUCUGUAGUCACUCUUGUAGAAGAAAAAAAAAAAGAAUGAAAGUCAUUUAGUUCCUUUAGUACAAUUGCUGGGUAACAGAGGUACUGUAGAAUAAAUUC